AUGGGCUCCGAUGCGGCAGCGGCGAACGCAACUGGUCCCGCGGUCUCCAAGGACCUCGGCGGCAAGAAAAAGAAGGUAAGGGGGUGGAUGGAACGCUAAUCAGCGCUUUUUAUUUAUUGGAUUAAUUGUAUUUUUGCUAUUCUGUGCAUGUCUUUUUUGUUUUGGUUUUCGUUGGGGUUCGUCUUGAUGGUGAUGUCUCUUUAUUCUUUAACAUUUGUUCUCCAGGCCAACAGGUCGGCGAAACUAAAGCAGUGCAAACUCGACGCCAGGAGGGAGCAGUGGCUUUCUCAAGGUUUGUGAUUCCUAGUGCGUCUUCCUCCCAGUUUCCCUCUUCUAUUUUUUUUGUCUCCGGUCGUUAUUGUUUUCGUGCUUUCUUUUCCUUGGUUUUCCUCUUUAUUGGUCUAGAUCGAGAGGAAUCUGUAUCGUGGAUGAGUUGGGAACAAAAUUCUUCCUUUCGGUUUAUAGGCUUUUUUUGAGGUUGGAAUUCUAUCACCAAUUUGUUUUUCGUUAAUCCAUACUGUCUUUUAAAUUUAUUUUUUUCACGAAUAAAUUGACGCCGAGGUUCGAUGGUCUUUUCUCAUGUUUUUUUUCCUUUUAUUCUGGCAGUCAAGAACAAGAGUUGCAAGGUGGUGAAUGUGCAUGCGUCCCCUUCUCCUGCAUCUCCUUUGCCCCUGACUUUGCCCCAGCUGGGCAAACAAAAUGCACCUGUUGGGAGGUCUAGAAUGGAAGAGAAUGAUCAAACGAUGAGAUGUAAUGUUAGUGAUCUGGAUUCCAUGGAAAAUAGUUCUACUGCUUGCGCCUCUGGGAAAAACUCCUCACGUAAGGAAUGCUUAUCCAGCAGAAUUGAUGACAAAGAGUAUUCGGGAGCUUCUUGUGACCCUGAGGACGAUGAGGAGGAUGAGGAGGACAUCAUCCAAGGUGAAGGAGUUGGAGAAGGGAGUCUGGAUGAUUGGGAGGCUGUUGCGGAUAUCCUGACUGCCAGUGAUGGGGGCCAAUCUCCUCUGAAGUCUGCAGAUUCUAUUGCUAUUCCUGAGUCAACUGCUUCUCGGGUGUCUCAAAACGGUGAUGGCAUCCUGAGAAAACCAGAGCCUGAAAGGAGAGUCCUUACGGCAUGGAGGUCUGAUGAUGUUUUCCGCCCCCAAAGUCUGCCAAACCUCCGAAAGCAGCACAGCUUUUCAUUGAACACCACUUGGUACCGCAGUCAGAGGACAGUUGGGUGGGCACAUCAUGGAAUCAAUUCUCAGCCAUCGUCUUGUCCCAUCUGUUACGAGGAGCUGGAUCCCACAGAUUCUAGCUUUCUUCCAUGUUGCUGUGGUUUCCGUCUCUGCCUUUUCUGUCACAAGAGGAUUCUUGAGGCUGAUGGUCGCUGCCCUGGUUGCAGGAAGCAGUAUGAUCCUGUUGGCAAUGGAGAUAUGGGUGUGAGUGGUGGUGUACCACUGUUGUCUUUAUCUUUAUCUCGCACUUGUAGCAUGAGUUCAAGAUCUUAG